AAAUUAGUCGACGGUUUAUUAGAUGCAGACAUGAGAAAGAUGUAGAUGGAAAACUCGUAAUCCCGAAAGCUGCCGAGUCUUAUUUCGUGACUAGCAGCUAUUUAUAGCCCGCGAUGCUGGAAGAGAGCCUGUUCAGUUUUAUCUUUGCGAUCAUUGAUCUAGUAUUUGUUUAUUAGUAAAGGCAAGCAUGAAGCCCUCGCAUCCUUCCUCGUUUCGUCCUUUCCUGUUUGAGUAAAAAUUGUUGGGAAAUAUUAGUUCGUGUUACCAAUGGCGCGAGUGGAACAUGAAGAAGUUGAGAGGUUUAAGGAUGUGGAUAUAGAGAGGAUUCUGGCGCGGGUAGAACGCAGGGGGCCGCUGAUGUUAGCCAGAAAGCGCUCUCUGUACAGAGCACCGGAAUUCGUCAAAAGACUGGCACAAGAAAUUACAGUUGAUGAAGGUUCCACGGUGUGCUUCGACUGUAAAGUGGUUGCCUUUCCGAACCCAGCCAUUACCUGGACCAAAGACAACGAAUCGUUACCCAGUGAUAGUCGAAUCCAGACGGAAACUUCCGACAACGGUGGAUACGCGUUAAAAAUAAAUGACGUCACAAAAAAAGACGAAGCGGCGUACCGAUGUCGAGCGGAGAAUGUCGAAGCCCUUAAAAAGGACAAACCAAAGAAGACUUCCGCUGGACUUUUGGCGCAUGCUCAAACAUUUCCGGUCAUCAAGGAGGAAGUGGAAGAAGAGGAAGCGGAGGCUGAAUUUUUCCGGAACCAACCAGAUUCGCCACUGACAUCAUUGUAUUGUGGAACAAGAUGGAAAAACCGCACAUGGCCUGACUUUUUAAAUCACCAAUCACUUGCUGUGAAUUAUUAUGACGAUGAUCUUGAAUCCAUGAUGGAUUCGGACGAAGAUGACGUAUUUUUAUCAGAACCCGGAAAUGACGUAAAUGGUGUAUUUCCUGUUAAUAUCCAGGAUAAUAGUGAUUCAGACUCAGAAAUGGCGAACGUUAUAACACAAAAUCUCAUCUUUGAGAAUAGAAACUUUUCCAGCUCAUUUCCAGAUAGACCCAACGGAACGUGUAGGAUAGAGCAAGACAUCAACGCCAAUACAUGCGCAUCAUCUUUGAAACAAAAUGGCGACGUUUCACAUUAUCGCAAAGUUUUAUCGGAGGGAUCUCGGACAUCUGAUUUUGUAAACGACAGAAAAAGCGUAAUGUGUGCAAAUAACGACAACUCGCCGUGCUACGAACUAGCCGGCGAAAGUGCUGGGCCGACUCUUAGUGACGUCACGGGACUAAACCUUGCCGUGCUUGUGCUUCUUAUUUCGGGAUAUACUUUUCUAGCAUUAAGAUGGAACUUGGAUCCGAGGACGUUUGUUUCGUUUCAAUUGUUCGUUGAGUUUUUAUUUUUAAUAAUAGUUUCUUUGUUAGACUAACAUUUGUAACCGUUAGGGGUUUUAACUGUUGUUGACAAUACUGUAUAGCCAUUGUUGAUUAUAGAUUAAAUAUAUUACUAAUUUUUUAAA